CAUCUGCAAAUGAUUGCUGGCUUUCAGAGGGAGGCGGAUCUUUGUGUCCAAUGUGUCUCCACAGAGCUCACUUGAACCUUUCUCCUCGAACCAAACGAGCCCCGCUGAGAUAGCUGAGAGCCGCUUUCUCUCUCCCGGAGAGGAGCUGGAGGCUGACCGGGGGAACGGAGCAAUGAUCAGCACCAUGGAGUGCGCCGUGGACGCGCAGAGCCUGAUCUCCAUUUCAUUAAUGAAGAUCCACAACUCCAGGACGCAGAGAGGAGGAAUCAAGCUGCACAAAAACCUGCUGGUCUCCUACGUGCUGAGGAACGCCAGGCAGGUCUACAUCAAAGAGAAGUACGCGGAGAUCUACAGGAUGCAGCAGUACGAGGAGGUGAUGACUGUCUGCAACGAGAUCCAGGAGCUCAACCCGCUGGAUCUGGAGGCGGAGGACGCGGAGGACGAGGAGCAGGCGCGGGCUGCUUGCUGCGCAGAUGAGGCGAGCGCGUGCGGCUCUCCGUGCCACAGAGGCGCGGCGCAUUGCCGGGCGGCGGGUACUGUGGCCGGCUGCUCCCUGCUGGAGGACGGCUGCAAAGAGCCGGAGCCCUCCUAUUACCGCAGCUGCUGCAUGGAGGCGCCCCCCGCGCCGCUCUGCGAGCAGUGUCCCGCAAACACCAGCGCGCACUGCAACAAGACCACGGUGUUGGACCUGGACACGCAUGUGGUGACCACGGUGGAGAACGGCUACCUCCACCAGGACUGCUGCUGCGACGCGCUCCAGUGCGGCCAGAGCGCGCAGUCCCCAGCCAAGAAGCGGAAGGUGGAGUUCGGCUGCUGCGCGUCGGACGCGGAGGAAGCGCCGGACUUCACGGCGGCUCGCAAACGGGCCAAACGCGAGGACUGCUCCUACUCUGCCCCGGACUAUACGGACACUUCCAACAUCUCCAAUCUGAUCUCCAUCUUCGGCUCGGGGUUUUCGGGGCUGCUGAGCAGGCAGGCGGACUUGGAGCAGAUCUGUAGCAAACAAGCCCUAGCCAGCCUCGGAGCGUGGACCCGAGCCAUCGUCGCGUUUUGAAUGGAACACUUUUUGUUUUGGGGAGGGGAGAGCGGGCUCAGCUGGAG